UUUGUACGUUUCUUUAAUUUGUCUUUUGCUUUUCAGAUAACGAAACAAAUUUGCCUGAUGAUCUUUCAGCUGCUGAGUUUUUGAGGAUCCAAUCGAGACUCAUGGCGAUUAUAUAAUCUCUAGUACACUCCUUGAUCAGACACGAAGAAAAAGAAAAAGGAAAUGCUUCUUCUUGUCUGUUUGUCACGCCAAAAAGCAAGCCUUCAAAAGGGAAGAUUAAUAUUUGAGAGAGAUGGCCGAGAGAGUGAAAAACUCUGCAGCAAAUCAUGUAGUGAUGGAGAUAGAGCCAAACAGACCAGUAGUAGUAACGGGCUUGAGCACUCUGAGUGAGACUCUUUGGAGGGACAAGGCUAAGACAGAAUUCGUGGGGGAUGUGUCGGCGAGGCUGACAUGGAAGGACCUGACUGUGAUGGUCACUCUCAACAAUGGUGAGAGCCAGAAGGUGUUGGAAGGGCUCACUGGUUAUGCAGAGCCUGGAACCCUAACUGCACUCAUGGGACCCUCUGGCUCGGGCAAAUCUACACUGCUUGAUGCUCUUUCAAGCCGUCUUGCAGCCAAUGCUUUCCUUUCUGGUACCAUUCUCCUCAAUGGUCACAAAACUAAGCUCUCUUUUGGGACUGCUGCCUAUGUAACCCAAGAUGAGAAUCUGAUCGGAACUCUAACAGUACGGGAGACAAUCUCAUACUCAGCUCAACUACGGCUGCCGGAUAAAAUGCCAUGGUCGGAGAAACAAGCACUGGUUGAGGGUACCAUUAUUGAGAUGGGUCUCCAAGAUUGCGCCGACACCGUAAUCGGAAACUGGCAUUUGCGAGGAAUCAGUGGAGGAGAAAGGAGAAGGGUUAGCAUUGCCCUUGAGAUCUUGAUGAGACCCAGAUUGCUCUUCUUGGAUGAGCCAACUAGCGGACUUGACAGUGCUUCUGCUUUCUUUGUAACGCAAACAUUACAUGGUCUAUCAAGGGAUGGGAGGACUGUCAUAGCCUCUAUUCACCAGCCAAGCAGUGAGGUAUUCCAACUAUUUGAUCGAUUAUACUUGCUUUCGGGGGGGAAAACUGUUUAUUUUGGCGAGGCUUCCGAAGCAUAUGAGUUCUUUGGACAAGCUGGGUUCCCCUGCCCUGCUUUAAGGAACCCUUCUGAUCAUUUUCUUAGGUACAUCAAUUCUGACUUUGAUAAAAUUAAGGCCACUCUAAAAGGAUCCAUGAAAUUGCGGUUUGAGGCAAGUGAUGAUCCACUUGAGAAGAUUACCACAGCUGAAGCUAUUCGAAUCCUCAUUGACUCCUACUGCACUUCUCAGUACUGCUAUGCAGUGAGGGAGAAAGUUGAGGAGAUAUCCAAAUUCAAAGGAACUGUGCUGGAUUCAGGAGGUAGUCAGGCUAGUUUCCAGAUGCAAGCCUUGACCUUGACCAAGCGUUCAUUUGUCAACAUGUCAAGGGACUUUGGGUAUUACUGGCUUAGGCUUCUAAUAUACAUUGUAGUCACUAUCUGCAUUGCGACCAUCUAUUUCAAUGUCGGAACGGGUUACACUUCGAUUCUGGCAAGGGGAUCAUGUGCAUCAUUUGUAUUUGGUUUUGUAACAUUCCUGUCAAUCGGCGGGUUUCCUUCAUUCGUUGAAGAUAUGAAGGUUUUCCAGAGAGAGAGGCUGAAUGGCCACUAUGGUGUGGCUUCAUAUGUCAUUGGCAACACACUCUCUGCAAUGCCCUUCCUGAUAUUGAUAGCCUUCCUCUCUGGAACUAUUUGUUACUUCAUGGUCCACCUGCACCCGGGAUUUGAACAUUAUAUAUUCUUUGUUCUAUGCCUUUUUGCAAGUGUCACAGUAGUUGAGAGCCUGAUGAUGGCCAUAGCCAGUAUUGUCCCCAACUUCCUCAUGGGAAUCAUCAUCGGGGCUGGAAUUCAGGGUAUAUUCAUGCUAGUCUCUGGGUUCUUCAGGCUCCCAAAUGACAUCCCAAAGCCUGUGUGGCGCUACCCCAUGUCAUACAUCAGCUUCCAUUCCUGGGCUGUGCAGGGACAAUACCAGAAUGAUUUCAAGGGCUUGUUUUUUGACAACCAAAUAUUGGAUCUUCCUAAGAUAUCUGGAGAGUACAUCUUGGAAAAUGUGUACCAGAUUAACGUUCAUCGAUCGAAAUGGGUGGAUCUUGGUGUCAUCUUCAGCAUGAUAGCCAUUUAUCGCAUCCUCUUCUUCAUGUUGAUCAAAAUUAGUGAGGAUGUGACACCUUGGAUCAGAGGUUACAUGGCCAGAAGAAGAAUGCAACAGAAGAAUGACAAUCAAGAUGCAACAACAACUUCCAAUGGUCUCACCAAAUCUCCUUCUCUGAGAACAUAUGUGAAUAAUCGUACAAGUGAAACUGGUAAAAGUAGAUAAGAGACAAGAGUACUGGCCGGUACACUAAAUACAACGGAAUGAAGAUUAAUCUCACUACCAAGCUUUGUCAAGUAAUGUAGCAAGUGGUUUGAGACAUAAUUCUAUCCAUCUUUAGACCUUUUUUUCCCUUCCAUUCUAUGUACAAUACCCAUUUGUAGCUAUCUAAACUUUCUAUGUUUAUCUUCAUGCUAGUAACAGCUAUUGACAGAAAAUUGCUCAGAUUCUAUAUAAUUGACUGCCUCGUUUGGAUA